AGUUAAAUUAUUUUAUUGUAGCAAUCCAAAAAAUAGAUUUAAUUAUUAAAAGACGCACGAAUCUUCAAAAAAUAGCGUAAGUCAUUGCAUUUCUCAAAUGCAAGUGUAAUUUGUUGUAACAAUUUAAACCAAAUUGCUUUCACAGCAUUAUUUUCUGUAAGCGACAGUAAAGAUGGGGCAUUCUUUAUUUAUUAUACUAAUUCUGUCGAUGGCAAUUGUGAGUUUUGGAAUAGAAGUGAAUGUUGUGCAUGAAUGGAAAUAUUGUGAGUAUGAAUGGGACAGUCAGAAGCAGAAGGAAGAUGCUAUAAAUUCAGGCGCUUUUAAUCCAUACACAUGCAACCUCUUCGAUACGACUAAAGCAAAUGAUGGUAGAAUAUUCAUUACUAUGCCGAUAUUUUUUGGCUCUAAUAUGCCUGCUACUUUAGCAACAGUAACUAAUACGAUAGGACUAGGAGGUCCGCUCUUGCGUCCGUAUCCAGAUUGGAGUUGGCAUAAUAGCAGUUGUAUGUGCGAUGGUAUCGUAAAUGUUUUCCGAGUGCACAUUCAGUGCAAUUAUAUUUUCGUUCUGGAUACCGGCAUAAUCUUGACUGAUCAAGUUUGUAAUCCAAAACUAUUGAUCUUCAAUUUAGAAGAUGAUACAUUAGUGAAAACUAUUUACAUCCCACUUGAUAUGGCUAUUAACCGAACAGGUUCAGGAUUAUUGGCACAGCCUCUUGUUUAUUUUCCCAAAGAAUGCACAGAAUUUUUGGAUGAAAUGAUUGUGUUUAUGGCUGACGCGGGAGGUUGCGGUUUAGUAGUGUACGACUCGUCUAAGAAGCGUAUAUGCAGAGUCGAAUCUGAUUAUAUGAAACCGACUGAUGUUUCCUUCUCUGUAGCAAGCAAAAAUUUUACGAUGGAGUACGGUAUCUUGGGUAUGACAGUCGUUGAUGAUGAUUUUUAUUAUACUAUUUUCUCGGGAAAAGAAAUAUAUAAGAUAAGUAUAAAAACGCUAUUAGAAUGUCCAAAUAAAGAAAAGGCUAAUAAACAAACUAAACUUGUAAUUAAAUUAUCAAGUCAAACAGUAGAUCUUACAUCAAUGGGACAUUCGAUAUUUUAUAUUCCUUGUCGUGAAAUGUCUUUUGUAGGUACAAAGGUUUACAAGGAAUCUGAUAAUAAUACGGUGGUCCUCGCACAAGAUGGAAGAUUUCAACUUUUAAGUGCGAUAAUAGUUUUAAAUUAUUGGGGUAAGCUAAUGAGUCUCGCAAGUAGAUUUGACCGUUUUCUUCUUGGUACAAUACGUCUAGAUGAAAUAAACUUCCGCAUUUUUGAAAUGGACUUAGCAAAAGUUCAAAAGAUUAUGGAUUGGCUCUAUUAA